AUCGACCUAAAUUUCUGCGCAGAUUCAAAACUCUGCUCAGAUCUUUGAACAUACUCAUUCUGCGCGACUACCACCGUACAAAAAUCAUGGAAACUAUUUUAGAGCAACAACGUCGGUACCACGAGGAGAGAGAAAGAUUAAUGGACGCCAAAACAAAAGAGAUGCUACACAAGAAAACUACGUUACGCGACCAGAUUAACUCGGACCAUCGGACUAGAGCAAUGUUGGAUAGAUAUAUGGAAGUGAGCGGAAUUCUGCGGGAUAUUUAUGAAGACAAGGAUGGCAUGAGAAAAGAGGAACUGAAUGCCAUAUCUGGGCCGAAUGAAUUUGCCGAGUUUUACAACCGCCUGAAACAGAUCAAGGAGUUCCACAGGAAACACCCCAAUGAGAUCUGUGUGCCCAUGUCCGUGGAGUUUGAGGAGCUGAUGAAGGCCAGAGAUAACCCCAGUGAGGAGGCUCAGAACCUCGUGGAGUUUACAGAUGAGGAGGGUUACGGCCGUUACCUGGAUCUCCACGACUGCUACCUGAAGUACAUUAAUCUGAAGGGCGCUGAGAAACUGGAUUACAUUACCUAUUUGACAACAUUUGAUCAGCUGUUUGACAUCUCCAAGGACAGGAAGAAUGCCGAGUAUAAAAAGUACCUGGAGAUGGUGCUGGAGUACCUACAGGAUUACACCGACCGGGUCAAACCUCUACUGGACCAGAACGAGCUCUAUGGUAAAAUCCUGGUCGAGUUUGAGAAGAAAUGGGAGAACGGGACGUUCCCGGGAUGGCCGAAAGAGACAAGCAGUGCACUGACCCAUGCUGGAGCUCAUCUGGACCUCUCUGCCUUCUCCUCCUGGGAGGAGUUGGCAUCUCUGGGUCUGGACAGGUUGAAAUCUGCUCUCAUGGCAUUGGGUCUGAAGUGUGGAGGCACUCUUGAGGAAAGAGCCCAGAGGCUGUUUAGCACAAAGGGAAAAUCUCUCGAAUCUCUGGACCCCUCCCUCUUCGCCAAGAACCCCAAAUCGAAAGGACCCAAAAAAGACACAGAGAGAAACAAAGAGAUCGCUUUCCUGGAAGCCCAGAUCUACGAGUAUGUGGAGAUAUUAGGGGAGCAGAGACAGCUCACCCACGAGAACGUUCAGCGGAAGCAGGCUCGUACCGGCGAGGAGCGUGACGAAGAGGAUGAAGAGCAGCCCAGCGAGAGCGAAAGUGAGGAUGAGGAUAACGAGAUCAUCUACAACCCCAAAAACCUUCCGCUGGGCUGGGACGGCAAACCCAUACCCUACUGGCUCUAUAAACUCCAUGGCCUAAAUAUCAACUAUAACUGUGAGAUCUGUGGCAACUACACCUACCGCGGACCCAAAGCCUUCCAAAGACACUUCGCCGAGUGGCGCCACGCCCACGGCAUGCGCUGUUUAGGGAUCCCAAACACCGCCCACUUUGCCAACGUCACCCAGAUUGAGGACGCUGUGUCCCUCUGGUCGAAGCUGAAGUCACAGAAAGCGUCCGAGCGAUGGCAGCCGGACACAGAGGAGGAAUAUGAAGACUCCAGUGGAAAUGUGGUCAACAAGAAAACGUAUGAGGAUCUGAAACGACAGGGCCUGCUGUAGGAGACUGUGGAAAACGGAACGAGAAAAAACAUCCACGUGACACGCGGGACAGCUGGCCCCAAAAUGUGA